ACGGGGCAAAAUGGCCAGCGCAGCGAGGAAUUGGUCGGGUCUGGUUACGCUAUGUCUGGGCCAGGAACGUGAGAAGAGGCAGGUAAGCAGCCAGCGCGCAUCCCUGACCAAGUCCAAUGUGGGUGCGCCAUUGGGUGCACCUCCUAAGGCGUGUAUACGUUAUCUGCCCACCUAUCGCCUGGAUCCAAAGAACCCAUUGAACAAGGAGCGCUUGGAGAUUGCCAUGAAGACCAUUAUGAACAAGAAUUAUAACGAUGACUACUUGUUCCACCCAAAGCAAUCCCAUCACAUGGCUGCCCAGGUCAGCGAAGAGAUCAAAAGCAGCAUCAAACUUCUCAACUUUGAUAGAUAUCGUUAUGUGGUCUUGGUUACUGUUGGUGAGUUACUCAUGCAAGGACUUUGCUCCAUGAUGAACUUCCUGUGGGACGCCGAUAAGGAUGGUUAUGUUAGCUAUGCCAUCAAGACACCCAAAUAUUUUGCUGUCUGCACUAUAUUCUAUUUAUAUUACGACUGAAAAGGCUUUCAACUGGGUGUUUUAUAAAAUGUUAUAAGCUAGAUAAUCAAUUUUCA